AUGGUGGAAACAUCAUUGGGCCCCACAUUCCGUUACACUCUACCACCCCUCCCAAUCCCUUUCCCAACUUCCAACAGAAUCUUCCUCUCUUUUCCAAUGGCAUCCUUCCCAAUUCCAUCUUCCCCCAAUCGCACUCACCCUCGCUGUUACUCUAACCCUAACCUCCCUCAACCACAGCCUGCUUUGCUUGUCUUUUCCGGUGGAACCGCCUUCAACGGCGUCGUUGAGGAUCUUAAAAACUUCACCACGCGCGUUGCUCAUGUUCUUCCCGUUUCCGACGACGGUGGAAGCACAGCAGAGAUCGUUCGUGUUCUUGGUGGGCCUGCGGUUGGAGAUAUACGUUCUAGGUGUUUGAGGUUGUCUGAUCAAAGUACGGCUGAGGCUCUUGCGGUUCGGAAUUUGCUUGGUCAUCGUUUAUCUCUUGAUGCUUUGCAAGCUAAAUCAGAAUGGUACUCUAUUGUGGAAGGUGAUCAUGUUUUAUGGGAAGGUGUGUCAAAACCCUACAGGGAGACUAUUCGAGCUUUUCUGGUUUAUUUCCAAAAUCAGAUCCUCUGCCGGUCUGAAGGAGCAUUUUGUUUCAGCAAUGGCAGCAUUGGAAAUUUCUUUUUUGCAGGAGCACGUAUAUUUUUUCAGUCCUUGGAUGCGGCAAUAUUUUUGUUUUCAAGAGUUUCUGAUAUCCCCCCUGAAAGCCUUGUUCUCCCUGUGAUUUCAACCAAUGACAGACUUACAUUAGGGUGUGAAUUAUUGGAUGGAACUAUAAUACGGGGGCAAAAUGAAAUUUCUCAUCCAUCCAGUGGAACAAUGGUACCUAUUAAGGAAAGCUUUUCGGCUCCAGCUCUUCCUUCAAAAAUAAAACGGGUGUUCUACAUGUCAAGUGAAGGAAAAAAUUUGCUCCAUGAGGUUUUUCCCUCACCUAAUGCGGCUGUCUUAGAACAACUAUACAAUGUCGAUUGCAUUGUGUAUGGCAUGGGUUCCCUUUUUACCUCAAUCUGCCCCUCAUUGGUAUUACUGGGAAUUGGGGAGAUUAUUUCUUCAAGGUCUUGCCUCAAGGUACUUAUGUUAAAUGGUACGCAUGACCGGGAGACUAAUGGCUUUUCAGCAUCUUGUUUUGUUACUGCAAUUACCGAUGCUCUAAAUCGGACAUUCGGAGAAUCUUGCAACCGCUUACAGAAUAUUCCUAGUCAAUAUAUCAAUACCCUUUUGGUGCCAAGAAACAGUACAGUUUCUGUUGAUGUUGAGUGUUUGGCUGCCCAAGGAAUAUUUGAUGUGAUAGUUGUUGACUCCAUACUUGAUCCUAAAGUGGGUAUUAUAUAUGACCCAAAGUCACUGAUUAGAGCUCUUGCUGACCUAAUAGAGAGAUACAUGAAGUCGCAGGUUAAUUGCUUAGUUGACACCAGAUGA